AUGAAGGGCGCGCUCAAGUUCGCCAAGCGCACGCCGCACCUGCUCACCGCAAAGGUCGGCCGCGCCAACACCACCGUCGACGCCGAGUUCGUCGAGCUCGCCAACCGCUUCGCCGUGCUCGAAAAGGGCGCCGAGCGCCUCGUCAAGGAUGUCGAGGCGUGGACGGGCGCCGUGAAGAGCAUGCUGCUCUCCUCGUCCGGCUUCUCCUCGCACUUCGCCGCGCUGUUUGCCCUCGACACGUCGGCCUCGUCGCACGCACGCGCCGCCGCGACGGCACAGAACCUGCCGCAGUUCGACGCGCACCUCGCCGAGCUGCGUGAGACACUCACGCCCGAGGUCGAGCUCGUCGAGAGCCGCGUGCUGGCGCCGGCGCGCGAGUACGUCGCCAUUGCCAAGGCGCUGCGCAAGAACGUGACGAAGCGCGACCACAAGCUCGUCGACUACGACCGGCACUCGGCCGCAUACACCAAGCUCCGCGACAAGAAGGAAAAGUCGCUCAAGGACGAGCAGAGCCUCUUCAAGGCCGAGCAGGACUUCGAGACGGCCGCCGCCGACUACGAGUUCUACAACAACGCCAUGAAGGAGGAAAUGCCGCGCUUCUUUGAGAUGAGCGCGCGCUUCGUCGGCCCGCUGUGGAACGGCUUCUACUACAUGCAGCUCAACAUCUUCUACCUCACGCUCGACAAGCUGCAGGUGUUCGCCGACGGCAAGUACGACAUCUCCGCCACGGCCACGCCCAGCAUCGAGGAGGCGUAUGUCAACGCGCUCGACGACGCCAGCGAGCGCCUCGAGGCGCUGAGCAUCCGCAAGCCGGCUGCGCACAGCGCGCGCGUGCUGGCGACCAACCCGAACCGCUCCGCCUCGCUCUCCUCGCGCACGUCACUGUCCGCCAAUGCGCCGUCGCGCACGGGCACACUCGGCAGCGCUCCUGCCGCCGCCGCACCGCCCGCAUACAGUGCCGGUGCCGCGUCACCCGUCGGCGGCAAGCGCGCCCCGCCGCCGCCGCCGCCGACGUCGAAGAAGCCGGGCGGCAAGCAGGUCGAGUACGUCACAGCGCUGUACGACUACGCCGCGACGGCCGAGGGCGACCUGAGCUUCCAGCAGGGCGACCGGAUAGAGGUCGUGGAGCGCACCGCGUCGACGGAGGACUGGUGGACCGGCCGGCUGAACGGCGUGCAGGGCGUCUUCCCAGGCAACUACGUGCGAGACUAG